AUGUCCUACCUCGUGCACGCCGAGAGGUUUUUCGACAUCGAGACGAAACGGCAUAAUGUGGCAAUGCGCGCGGCUCAUCAACUGGAUGUUCAAAUUAGAGACAUGAUCCACUCCCCUCCACUUGCCCAGUUACACUUAAAUCAUGGUAGUAGAUUCGGGGCCAUAUCGGGCUCUGCUGCAAAGCCUGUCACCUUCAACACCAACAAGAGCAUUAUUUUGGAUCUCGACGGCAAUGAAUUUUCUGACCUGCCGGCUCCAGACUCCGCUUCACAAUCUGCCGGACUAACGGGAAGCAGUCAGUCGACAGGUAGUGUACCUCGCGAAUGUGUACUAUCACCAAGGUUUAAAGACAAUGGUCUUUUGGGACUUGGGUUAGAUGAAGACAUCGGCGGCCCCACUGUUGCUUUUUCCCUCAAUAACAACUAUAUCCAUAGCAUCACCAACAAACGACAUAGGGUGGAGCUCGCGUCUGCCUAA